AUGACCUUCCUCAACCGCCACAGACGCCGGCAAAAUGGACUUACGGCUCUGCAACCAUUCCAUGCGACGCCGACGGAAUGCCAUGCGGGCGAUCAAGACGGCCUCGGUCCGGCCUCUCCCAAGGUUCCUGGACCGUCGAGCCAUGUCAUUAUGCCGCAACUUCGCACUUUUGAUAACCCAAUCAUCAAGCAUGGAUCGCUUCCAUUUGAGGAACAGCUGUGCAAGAGGCGCACUGGAGAGCGAACAUUUGGACCAUGGCAUAACGACAUCCCGGUUCAAUCGCAGGACGAACGUAGACAUGCUGCCGUCGUGAAAACAGUGGGACUUGGUGAAGCUAUGGAGACCGUCCUCAAAAUCACAAGUAAGCUUGGCGAGCAUAGCCCGCACGAACUAUCGCAAGCACUCUCUCUCGGCAUACGACCGACCAUGCUGCUACUUUCAGUGCUCGCAGUCGCUGUGACUGCGCUCUCUGCGAAGAACCCUCAUCUCGCAGUCUCCGCGGCGAGCGAACAUUCCGUGCCAACAGUCUUUGAACCAAACGUUCGAGGGCGUGAUGUCCUCAUGAGGCAUGACGAAUCCCCUCUCACCUGGCCGAUUCAGCAACAGGUGAUGUACCAGACCUUCUCGCACGUCGUGAUGAAGACUCUCAACGACUACUUGGGAUCACACCCUGGAUUCGAGUCAAAGUGCCUCCCCCAGGCGGAUUGCAGCCUCGCUGUUGCUGGUAUCCAAGAUGAAGUCGGCAACGUCAUGAGAACUAUUCGCACGUCGAUGAAGCCCGACAAGCAAUGCGACAACACCUGCUUCAUCAAGCAGCUCGAUCAGGGGUCUUCGAGGGUGGCCAGAAAUGCUCUCAUUCGGAUUGCUUCGAUCCGAAAAGCUAUAAUGGGCUCCAGCAUCCUCGACGACGAGGACACCGCCAAACGCAUCGCCACUUUUAGCAGCAUGAUGACGAAGCCGCACUUCGGUGAACACAGCGAGGAGAAGUUCAAGGACGCCCUGAAGCACUACAAGGCUUCGAUCCAUACGCCCACCAUAGGUAGUAACCAGGUUCCGCACAAUACUACCUUUCUGGAGGAGCUCCUUUAUUUCCAGACUUGCACGGGCGACGAGUUUCUAUGCAGUACCCACGAGAUCCUCUUGACGCAUACCGUGGCCCUUCUUCACGCGGGCAUGGAGCCCGGAGUGUUGCAUGAACGCAGCAUUCUUCGUGAAAUCCUGGUAGCGGCCAACCGAGGCACUCUCUCCAAGCCUGGGCAACUCUGGGCCGGACUGGAAAUGAUCAACCACGACGUGUUUGAACAUGGUAACUGGAUGCCAGAAGCACGACGAGCCGUCGACGAAAUUACAGAAAGCAUGGAUUUACAAAUGCGUGCGGUGGCGGAUAUGAGCACCACGGCAUUCUAUUACACCGAAUCAUUCAAUGCGUUGAUCGGCCGCAUGAUCACCGUUACCCUGAUCAUGGACACUCACGGCACAUUCGCCCUGGACCCAGCACUUUAUGAGCAGGGCUAUCGAGUAUAUUUCAACUUCUUCGGCGGCCAUCCAUUCGUUCGACUAUCCGGAUCCCUCAAGCCGACGACUGGCGCAACGUGGCAGUAUUUGCGACCUGAUGCGGAUGCUGUCGUCAAGCGCUCGGUGGUUGCCAACGGGACAGAGUCUAACAUCACUGCCAGUAACUCCGUCAGCCCUACCGCAAACAACACUGACAAUGGGACCGUUAUUCUCAAUCAGCCAGCUGCCAGGACAAGACUCAUCAUGCCAGUCAACGAGGCAGCUCCAUUGCGUGGUUCUCUCCGCGGCAAAGACAUGCCGGCCUUCUAUCCGACAGACGACCGUCAUAACCCCAAGCAAGUCGCCUUUCAGAUCCGAUCUGGGGGUAAAGCUGGAGAGCACAUGGAUAGUCUCGGUCGGCCUAUCAUGCGUGCGGCCCCAAUGGACAGCGGCGAGCAUGCUCCUGUGAUGGUUUCCGGAGACAGUCUGCCUGUGCGUGACUCUCCUUUCCUGCAAAUGUACUAUUCCCUCCCGCUUCCGAAAGGCUGCAAUGCGACCGACUGCCAGCAGCCAAAGAAACCAUUCGACGUCAACGACCCUUCCGCCGGGUAUGAGAAAUUGGAUGGACCUGUUGGCGCCGAGGAGGCCUUUGUGACUGCUGUCAGAGUCCAGCCAGAGUUCCUGUUCAAAGCUUCUCAUGGCUUCAGCUGGGGCCAAGCGCUGUACGUGAUCGAUGGCUCGCCACUGGCCAAGAAUCUUAAGGAUAAGGCAGUCGCCGAUCAGGUGAAGAAUUGGGUUCGCGAGAAGGUGCGCGAGCUGACGGGGGAAGCCAAACGCUUGGAAGCAGAAGACUUUGCCAAAGCACAGGAACUCAUCCGAGAGGCGGAAAAAAUCGAGACGGCGAAGCUUGCUGAAGCGGAGAAGCUGAUGAGAGAGUCCAAUCUCAGCAAAGGAGGGAAACUACUCAAUGGUGAUGCAGUUCAUCCGGGAGGUAAAUCCAUCAAAGGCGAUCCGAAUGGGAAACAGGUAGAGUUUGAGGAGACCACAAAGCACACGCUCGACUCGGAUUCAAUGAGGACUUUGCCAGACGAGGCGCCGUCUUACGCCGAGAACGCUAGGGUGUGGGAGGAAAUGGCGAAGCCCUGGAGAUGGCUACCGGAAGAUGUACAAAAGCAUGUAAAGCUCAGCCGCGAGAAGGCGAUCCAGAAUGCCAAGGAGGCUGGCUACGAACCGCAGAAGCCCCCGACAGGAGAAGGCGGCCCACCCGGAGUUGACGGCGGUGGCGACCCUGUGUCACCUCCCCCAGGCGGUGAACCGAACCCACUCCCGGAGGCACUUCCCGAGGCACUCCCCGAGGCUGGCGCUCCCGCCGACGCAAUUGCCGCCGACGUAGCUUCUGACGCAGGUUCUGAAGUAGCUUCAUUCGUCUCAACGAUCGCAAGCGAGAGCGUCGAGGAAGGAGCCGUCGUGGCUGGGUCCCUAGGGGAAAUGAUGGGAGGCGCGUUAGCCGGGCUCAUUGGCGAAGUCUCCGCGGUUCUAGGGCCUAUAGGAUGGGCAGUCACCGGAGCCAUGCUCCUGGUGACCGUCAUCGAGAUGCUGGAAGACGAGAAAAGAUGCCCUCAUCCCGCGCGCUUCACCUCCACCUGGGACGCGGCAGCUCAAUCGAUGACCGACUACCAGCUGCCAUGCUCUCCAGUACCGUCAGGCAUGCAAAUGAGUGAUCCGACACAACGCAGCCGAUUCUUCGACCUCUUCUACCUGGGCAACCCCAUGAUGCACUCCAUGAUACUCGCGCCCAACGCCCCCGCUGCAACAGUCACAGUCCUCAUCGACACGGGCGGUGGCCCAGCCUCCCUGCCCGCCAACAACUCCGCAACAUCAACAUCCACCAAGCCCACCCCCUGCCCUACAACCCACUACCCCCACGGAUUCGUCGGCACCCGCGUUGCCCCCGCCCCUUGCCCGGUGCAAACCCCCUACGAGUGCACCGACGACUGGUUCCACACGCACGUGAACAAACAUCUCCCGGACGAUGUCAGAUUCCCGAAUUACUGCUCGAAUGGCGAUUCGACGGGACAUUAUCGCGCGUCGGAGAAGGGGUGUUUGCCGGACUUCUGGUUGGAAGCGGAUGGGCAUCAUGAGAGGAAGAAGAGGGAUAAGUGUAAGGAUGAGUUUUUGGAUACGCCGAAUCAGCCCGUUUAUUCGGGGUGA